AACCCCAAAUAUUUCAAUAAGAAAGCGGAAGGGGGACUAGAAAGUUGUAGAAGAAUAAGUGGCUCCAGUUUGUAUCUGGCUACCUAGAUUCAGGAUGAAUAGUGAUCAUGUUGCACUGGUUGGCCAAGUGUUUGAGUCCUAUGUUUCGGAACACCAUAAGAGCGAUAUUCUUAUAAUCCUGAAGGAAAGAGAUGAAGAUGCUCAUUACCCAGUUGUGAUUAAUGCCAUGACCCUUUUUGAGACCAACAUGGAAAUUGGGGAAUAUUUCAAUGCAUUCCCCAAUGAAGUACUAACUAUUUUUGAUAGUUCACUGCGAAGAUCAGCCUUGGCAAUUCUCGAGUCCCUUUCUCAGCCUGAGGGUGUCUCCAUGAAGCAGAAUCUUCAUGCUAGGAUAUCAGGUUUGCCUGUUUGUCCUGAGCUGGUAAGGGAGCACAUCCCUAAAACCAAGGAUGUAGGACACUUUUUAUCUGUCACUGGGACAGUGAUUCGAACAAGUCUGGUGAAGAUCCUGGAGUUUGAACGGGAUUACAUGUGUAACAAAUGCAAACAUGUAUUUGUGGUCAAGGCUGACUUUGAGCAGUAUUAUACCUUCUGCCGCCCCUCCUCAUGUCCCAGCUUAGAGAGCUGUGAUUCUUCAAAAUUCACCUGCCUCUCAGACUUGUCUUCAUCUCCAACCAAGUGUAGAGAUUAUCAGGAAAUCAAAAUUCAGGAACAGGUUCAAAGGCUAGCUAUUGGAAGUAUUCCACGAUCUAUGAAAGUUAUCUUAGAAGAUGACUUAGUAGACACCUGCAAAUCUGGCGAUGACCUCACUAUUUAUGGGGUUGUGAUGCAACGGUGGAAGCCCUUUCAGAAGGAUGUGCGCUGUGAAGUCGAGAUAGUCCUGAAGGCCAAUUAUGUGCAAGUGAAUAACGAGCAGCCUGCAGGGGUGGUCAUGGAUGAAGAGGUCCGGAAGGAAUUUCAAGGCUUUUGGGAACGCUAUGAGAGCGACCCCUUUGCAGGAAGGAAUGAAAUAUUGGCCAGCUUAUGCCCUCAAGUUUUUGGGAUGUAUUUAGUAAAGCUUGCUGUGGCCAUGGUACUGGCUGGUGGGAUUCAAAGGACUGAUGCUACAGGAACACGUGUCAGAGGUGAAUCUCAUCUUUUAUUGGUUGGGGAUCCUGGCACAGGGAAAUCUCAAUUCCUCAAAUAUGCAGCAAAGAUUACACCGAGAUCUGUGCUCACCACAGGAAUUGGAUCUACUAGUGCAGGUCUGACGGUAACUGCUGUAAAAGACUCAGGAGAAUGGAAUUUGGAGGCUGGAGCAUUAGUGCUUGCAGAUGCAGGUCUUUGCUGUAUCGAUGAGUUUAAUAGCCUCAAAGAGCAUGAUAGAACCAGUAUCCAUGAAGCCAUGGAGCAACAAACCAUAAGUGUUGCUAAGGCUGGCCUUGUGUGCAAGCUGAACACAAGGACCACCAUCCUGGCAGCAACUAACCCCAAAGGCCAGUACGACCCCCACGAGUCUGUGUCUGUGAACAUCGCCCUUGGCAGCCCACUCUUAAGUCGAUUUGACCUGAUCCUGGUUUUGCUUGAUACCAAGAAUGAAGACUGGGAUCGUAUAAUUUCCUCCUUUAUCUUAGAAAACAAAGGUUACCCAAGCAAAUCAGAGAAGCUCUGGAGCAUGGAAAAGAUGAAAGCCUACUUCAGCCUCAUUAGGAAUCUUCAGCCCACGCUGUCUGACGUGGGCAAUCAGGUUCUUCUCCGGUACUACCAAAUGCAAAGGCAGAGUGAUUCCCGGAACGCUGCCCGGACAACCAUCCGUCUGCUGGAAAGCUUGAUACGAUUAGCAGAAGCUCAUGCUCGCCUAAUGUUUCGUGAGACUGUGACUCUGGAAGACGCAGUUACAGUGGUGUCAGUAAUGGAGUCCUCAAUGCAGGGAGGUGCACUGCUGGGAGGUGUGAACGCACUCCACACUUCCUUUCCUGAAAACCCUCUGGAGCAGUACCGGAGGCAGUGUGAACUUAUUCUGGAGAAACUGGAGCUGCACAGCCUCCUGAGUGAAGAGCUAGGAAGACUUGAAAGGUUACAGAAUCAGAGUGUGUACCAGUCCCAACCAAAGACAGCGGAAGCAGAGUCUACUCCAGAAUCCUUGAGAAAUGAUCCAGGGGAGGAAUCCAAAUUCAGAACAUCAACACAGCGAGAAGUGAACUGUAGCAUACACGCCUCUUCUCCUGGAGGCAGUCCCAGGGGAAGCCCACUUCUCCACCCCCCGCCCCAUCUGGGGCCUAGUAGGUCAACAAGCAGAAAAGGUUCAGCUCAGCACAGAGGCAGCAGAGAUGACAGUUUGGAUUGGUUUGACUCCCUGACAACUCAUCAUAUUGAACCGAAAAACACUGUUUCUGUGUCUCCUGGUCCCAAAACAACUGGGGGGAAAAUGGCUUUGAAAAACUCCAACAACAAGCCUCAGGGUAAGGAAGAGAGUGAGCCAGACCAAAGGAGCAAGUUGGAAACUGGACGGCUUCCAGCACCAGGAGAGACAGAAGCUCCAUUGAGGCCGGAGAGCGUUGAGGGUAAAAGGGAAACAAAUGCAGCGGUAGUUUCCGAAACAGUGGGAACUGCUGGCGAAGCGGACUCGGUGCUGGUUCAUCGUGUCCCCAGGAAACUGCACAGGCUGCGCAGGGAGAGGGCCCAGGGGUUGUGCCGAAACCCCGCCAGGCCGCCUUCAGAGCCCACAGUCCCUUCUCCCCCUCCGUCCAUCCCUGUGCACAGCCCAGAAAGAGCGCUGGGAACUCCCGAAAGGAAGAAGCAGAAAUCCCUCCCUCCGGUGAAAGCGCCCGAGCCUGCAAGUGCUGAGAGCCCAAGUCCCCCUGUGGCCAAGCUAGCAAAAUUUACUUUCAAACGGAAGUCAAAACUGACCCACUCCCCUGGAGACCAGAGCCGUGCGUCUCCUGGCACAGCUGACGUGGCAGUGCAGGAUCCCAAAGCUUCCCAGCACGGAACACGACGGGAGGCAGCGCUGCCUGUGAAGGGUCCAGAGAAGGUGACCUCUGCCUCAGGAAACAGAGACUUGGGUCUGCUGCAGGGGAGGGCAACAGAGGUGUCUCGGCAGCCACCAGAGAAAGGCGGGUCGAGAGGGGAGAGGGCAUGUGCCCCUGGAAAGAGAGUUAUUCAGCCUGAAUUUGAGCUUUGGCGCGAAACUGAGCAUUUGCGUCGUACUUGUGAAAAAGACAAAAAGGAAGAGCUUUCGUGCACUAACAAAAGCGGCAAGCUUCAUGCUUGCACGUUAGCCAAGUUGGCCAACUUCUCCUUUACGUCCACUGAAUCCAAAUCUGCAUCCCUGCCUCCUUCUGAAAGUGAGAACUGGGGUGAGAGAGGCCCAAGCCCUCCUCCCACCACCACAGCUACAGUGCUUGGCAGGAAAAGGAAAACUUUUCAGUUGGAGGGGUCCACUGAGAGGUUCAGUCUUUCUAAAAAAUCUCUCUUUACUUUAUCAGAACUAGAAGAUGAAGCAUUAGAUUUUGAUUGGGAUGAAGAAAUGAGAAAAAAGUCAUAAUCAUGAAAAGCCUGCUGGUCAAAUUUCAUCCCAACUCAACACAGGAUAUCUACGUGGCGCUUGUGUACGUGCAGAACUGUUGGCCAUACUGAGUGCCUUUCUGAAUACCAGGUCCCCAGUCAGGUUUUGUAAUUUCAGGUUUAUCCUCAUGACUCAAAAAGCUGUUUAGUCAGUGUCGGUCAGUGUGAUACCAGCAUUUGAAUCGAAUUAAUUGACACUGUGUGUAAUUUUGCAGAAUGGAGUACUUGCAUUCCUGACAAUGCUUCAGUUUGUUUUGUUUUGUUUUUAAGGGUGGGUCUUCCCAGGAUUCCUCCCUUCACACCCUCAGGAACAAAUGUCAGGACAGUAGCACUCUUAGAGCCAACAGGUUAGGUGAACUCUUCUAUUUUUUCCUUUUUUUUAAUCCCAUGAUGUGCCAAGUGUGGUGAAUAUUAGGAUUUGACAAAAUCAUAUGAUUUUUCUAAUAUAGUUUUUGUGUUUAUUAUGUGUAAGAUUGACAGUGACUAAUACUUUUCUUUCUUUGGGAGUCACCCUCACAAUUCCAUUGUAUUCCUAAAGAUCUGACAGCCGGUCAGAUAGAAGCAUUCUGAAAUACUGCCCUUUUGAGGUUUCCUUUCCUCCUUCAGCCAACAUUGUGUACUUCAAAUUCUUUUUAUCUUUGGGGACCUCCUUUCAGCACAGCUUAAGUCCUGUAGUUGGAAGGAAAGAGUGUGUAGUAGUCUCAGUCAUCUAUCAUGGCAUCUGCCCAAGUAGUUAAUGUGGAAAAGUGAUUCCUCCUGUUAUGACUUAUUUGUCUUUAAACCAAGCAAGUGACUGUAUUUGGUAGUAAUAGACAACUCAAGCUUUGUCUGUCUUGAGUCCUUUAAAGUCCCUCUUCCUUUGGAUUCUAGCAGGGGCUCUCAGGAAUCCAUAAUUAUAGGAUUUAUCUUUUGAAGUGUGACUCUAAAAAAAUAAUAAUAAUAGAUUCUUUCAUUGAAGGACUUUUAGACAUGAAGAAUACUCAAAAUUAUAUGUACUUCGUUUAAUGAUCAUUUCAUUAAAUUUACACAGAAAAAAAUAGGAACCCUAAUUUUUCUUGCGCAUUUAUUUAAACAUUAAUUUAUUUAAAUAACAGACCAAAAUUGAUUAAAUUUUCUGAAAAAAUUUAAGCUAUGAGUACAAAUUUAGUAUGCAUGGGCCUUUUGAAAUCUUUAAACACCUUAAACAGCUGAUAAAAGACAUACAUAAGCAGUGACUUAAAAUGUAUUAUUGCACAUUCUUUUAAACCUAUUCUAAAACAUCAAGAUUAUGGUUUCGAUAAUUUCUUUAUUAUUUCUGUACUUAAUAACUCUCUAGUUAGUAUGAUUCUUAAUGUGAUAUAUUACUAAUCUUUUGAUACUAGUACUUUCCUGGGUUUUAGUAUUUUUACUAGAACUAAGGGAAAAGGAAAGGAUCUGGGUUAUUGACGAGUUGACUCUUGGUCUGACUGUGUAGACUAGGGCAAUUCAAACCUGAGCCAGUGUUGAGCUGACUUGUUUUGUUUUUUGUUUUGUUUUGUUUUGUUUUGUUUAAGGUAAACUUCUAAAUACCUCUCUUGAAUUUUUUUAUCUUUGAAACUUUGUAUCUUUUGCAGUAAUGAUGUAUUAAGCUUUACAUGGCUGAUAGCACUUAACCUCUUGGCUUAUCAUUUAGGGUGUUUAGAUUGUUCUUUUUUGUCAUUUAAGAUGCUUGUACUCCUUAUUGGGAAUCUUGAUUCUAGAACUUUCAUUUCUUAGCAAUGAGGGAUUUAGCUUCUGUAGUUAACUUGUCUCUUAAGGACAUUGAGUAAUUCAUAUUUUAAAAUACAGUGUUGAAUUGCCUCCCUUUCCUAGUUAUUGUAUAUGACCACCAUGUCACCGCCUACCUGGUUAUUAUUUGUACUCACCGUACAUCCUAUUAUUUGUCCUAAUAAAGCCCCCCUGUUGUUUAUUUUAGUAACUUCUGCCGGAAUCAUUUGGCCAAGUUACAAGUUCCAUGUGUUUAUUCUUCAGUGCUUACCCAGAUAAAAAUAACUAUAUAUGUAAAUAUUGUAAACAGACAUGAUUGUUAGAAUAAAAUAUUCAGUGUGAACACUCCCCUACUUAUUAAAAAUUAAACUUGUAUCACCCUGGUUUUGUGCUUGUAUUUGAUACUCAAAGUCUCACAACUUGGUCAGUAGGAAGUCCCUUUAUGCUGAUGCCAGUGUUCUUUUAUGACUGACAUUGCUAACAGCAUCCAUGCUGUCUGAAAACAAGAGCAUGUUCUCGAUCCCGUUUGAUAUUUUUCCCUGCCUUGAAGCACAGAAUCAGCUACCCCUAAGGCGCUGUAUUUCCUUUAGAAUCUAAUGGUGUUAGAGGCCAACUAUGUGAUUUCACAACUAAGACGUUCUCUUACAUGGCAUUUAGUGUGUAGACCAAGGUAGCACAUAGGUGUCUCAGGAGAAAUAUGUACAGUCUCAGAAAUCAGAUUUCUGGUCAGUAAAGUGUAAAAAUAACCUUUAAUUCUGUAUCAGCGUAUCAUAAUAUUUUUAUUUCAGGCCAGUGAACUCCUUGAAAACAUUUUAAUAAUGUAAAAUUAUUUAAGCACAAUGAAAGCUAUACGUAUUUUUUUUGUGUGAGAGAACAAAACCAGAUACUUAAUUUUCUUAUAACUAUAUAAAAGAAUUGAGUUUUCUGAUACAGUAAAAGAUACACUCUU